AGUACAGGACCGAACUGUUUGCGCUGUUUAUAGUAGAAGAAGAUCCUAGCCAGAAACUGUGGAUUAUAGAUGGAUAACGACGCGUUUUUUAAUCUAAUAUUAUAAUAAAAUGUUGGUUUUUGACUGAUUUUGGUAAGAUAAUUUCAAAAUAAAAUGGAGAACGGGGAGGCGCUGAAGUCUGUCCUGUUCACGUUGAGCUUCCUGCUGAUGAAACGGCGCAGGGACAGGAACAGUGCAGAGACACAGAGACGGCGUGAGGUUCAGCGACGGGUCAGACACCGGCAGUAUUUCCUACAGAGACAGAGGAGGAUGCUUAUGAUGCUGAUCGCUCAGAGCACACGGCCCAUCACUGUAGCUCGAACCCGUGCCUGGUCCAAAACGCCAAGCACUGAUUGGUGGGAGCGAGUGGUCCUAACAGAGUUCCAGCCCUCCGAUUGGCUGGAGCGCUUCCGCAUGAGCAAGGAGACCUUCUUUCACCUUUGCAACAAGCUGAAGCCCUGGCUGGCACGGCAGGACACUUGUCUGCGUCCUGCUCUGCCCCUUGAGAAGAGGGUAGCCUUGGUUUUGUGGCGUCUGGCCUCGAACAUCGAGUACCGUACUAUUGGGGAGCUGUUCGGAGUCGGGCGCUCGACAGUGUGCAAGUGUGUCCGUGAGGUGUGCCAUGCAAUCGGAGCCACUCUGCGGCCGCUCUACCUCCGUGAGCCAAGUGAACAGGAGCUGGAAGACGCCGCACGCCUGUUUAGCACUCGUUGGGGCUUUCCGCACUGCGUGGGCGCUGUCGGGAGCCUCCACGUACCCAUCAUUGCGCCAGCCACUGACGCUGAUAGCUACUGGAACAGUCGAGGCUGGCAUUCAGUCAUUACCCAAGGUGCAGUUAAUGGUGUCGGGCAGUUCUGGGAUGUGUGUACGGGCUUCCCAGGUGGUUUAGAACCGGCAUCCAUUCUGCAAAACUCCUCUCUUUGGACUCUGGGGUGUGAGGGAAGGCUUUUGCCCCAGUCUUUACCCCGACACUUCAUGGGCAGGCAGCUGGGGUCUGUAGUCCUGGGGGAUGCUGGGUAUCCUCUUCAGACCUGGUUACUGAAAGCCUACGGGAAGUCAGACAAUCUAAAUACUGCGCAGCGAGCAUUCAACCGGCGCGUGGAGAGAGCGCGUGCCAUCGUAGACGAGGCGUUCCUAAGGCUCAGAGCACGCUGGCAGUGCCUUCUAAAGAGGAACGAUUGCCACGUAGACGGGGUGCCGGCCAUGAUCUUGGCAUGCUGCGUGUUGCAUAACAUGUGCGAGGUGCACGGUGACGAGUUGGCGGAGGAGUGGCUGGAGGCAGCGAGGCGGGAGGAGAGUCCCAUGCCCACUCACACGGUGCCUGUCUUUGAUGACGAUCCCGCCGGAGAGGAAGUGCGAGAACUCUACUGCCAAUAUUUUUUACAGCAGGAGCAUCAGCGGAACCAGCAAGAGCAGCAGGACUAAACAAGGGCUGAAUUUGCUGUAUCGUAAACAAUGGUGAUUUGCAGCAUUUAGCAAAUGCCCUUAUCCAAAAUGAUUUAUCAUAAAUACACGAUAUGGAUAAACAUUUGUGCACAUCUGACUAUAAGAUUCAUAUUUUGACCACCACAUUUAGAUUUUGCAGUGUGCUUUAUUUGUGCUCAUUCAGCCACAAAGGCAGUAGUAAAGUCAGGUAUUGAUCUAGGAUGAGGAGGCCAGCG